AUGUCGUGUGAGCUCUCGCCAAGUGCGAGCGCGUUUAGCGCCGUCCUCACUGCAUUUAUUGGGUCCAUCAUCAACGGCCUGACAUCGGGAUGGCUGGUGGCAUUUAUGACGGGCUGGAUAUCGUGGUUUGCAUUAUUUCGUGUGCUCCUAGGCGCCAUUUACAUGCUGUACCGCAGCGUCACAAACUCGUGGCCGCCCGAGUAUGAUGCCGUGGGACAAGCGGACGAGGACGAGGAAGACCAGCACCCAAUGACUGAUGUGGGCGCGGCGGAUCAACAACAAAUGUUCCAGGGCUCUCUCGGGUAUGGAGGCUAUCAAAGCUACGGAGUCGGACCGAACCCCAACACUUCUGCUCCCGCCUACCAGCCGCCGCAAAACAUCCAGCUCAACCGGCCAGGUUUUCUUAGCACACUGUGGCCGACAGCAUCAGACGUGCGCACGUUCAGACAGUUUGCCUCCAAGACAAAGGGGCAAUCUCGAAACCCCUGGGGCCCGCUGAAUCGGGAUGUCUCGUUCCUCGGAUGGGUCGGCUGGCUCUGGACGGGCAUCUACGCUCCCAUUUCACAGGGCAUCUGGAUUGCCGCCAACUUUUCGAGCUCAGCCAACGGCGCAGUCAAGAUCGUCAAGGGCCUGACGGUCGCCGUCACGGCCUUGCCAUUAUGCAUCGAUACCCAUGUACGAUUCGGCGACGCCCUGGCGAAAAAAGCUGGCGGAAUCUGGGCCAAGUACGCCUUUAACCUCGUGAGCAGCCUAAGCUGUCUGCUCCAGGGAAUAUUUUGCGCAAUCCUCCUGGUCGAGGGUGCCAUUGAUUUGAGCAAAUCGUCCACAUUCGGAUUCCCCACGCCUAUCUUUGCGAUCUAUCCCAUCUUUGCGCUGAUAUGGAUGUUUGGCAGCUUGCGGAUCCUGCCCAUACGCGAUGGUGGACGGCGCAGGGCUGCACAGAAGCACAAGGCCCUGAUUGUACUCGACAUUGGCAUGGGCGCGUUCGCGGGACUGUUUGUGGCAGCGCCUGCCUUUGCGCUCUGGCAGAGCGCUUCGUUUAAUGAGCGGGUUCAACAAUCAGGAUUUCCAAAUUUCGGUUCUCAUAGUAGCAGCAGCACUUCAAGUGGUACUCUCUCGCUAGGAGAAUACUUACAAUGCGAGACCGAAGCUUGGAAGAAAUUUGCGGCCGUUUUCCCGUAG